GUUGAUACAGGAUCAUGUUACUAUAAAAAGAUUAUGUACGAUCCAGUUUUUCCGAACUACCAUCCAGACGACUUUACGGUCUAUGAGUUCUGUCUGAAUGGGUGUUGCGGUUCAACUACAAUAGGUGAUAUGAAACAGUGCUGCGACGAAAUAGGAGUUUUUGUAGGGAUUUGUGUUUGCAUGGUGAUCUUCUGUGUAUUGAUUGCAGCAGCAUGUGCACUAUAUAGACGAGGAGGUCGGCAGGAUUUUCGCAUAAAUGGAGGGUUGAGUGAACAAGGGAGGUUGAUACCACCACCGUCACAGUAUACAUCCACAGCUGGUCACGGCAAUUACCAAAGUCAAGAACAAUAUAAUUACCAGCAAACAAACACAGGAACAAGAUAUAUGUAUCCCCCAAACACAGGAACAAGAUAUAUGUAUCCCCCAAAAACAGGACCCAGCCAAAUAUAUUCACAGCAAAUAAUUCCGAAUGAAUCCUUGUAUUAGACGUAACAUUUAAUACCACGAACACAGUGACAAUAUUUUAUUUUUUUAUAUUAAAAUGUGUUUGUACACAAUUAUCUAGUAGACGCUUUAGUAUGUGUACUGUCAUUUAUAUACCUUUACAAGAAUUUUGGGGCUUUUUUUGUUCAUUUUUAUGUUUACCGUAUAAUGUCUUCAUUCAAUCAUUUAAAAAGUGGAAUCUACAGACUGUAUUGAAAUAGACUCAUAGCUCAAAAACGUUGACUGUUUAUCAUGGAAGAUUAUUUGGAUGGCGCUAUGUGAACAUUUUAAAAAUGCUUUUAAAAUGACACAUUUUAUUAACAGGUUUUCUUUAUCGGAAGAUGACGUAUGAU